AUGUCUGAUGACUUUGCAGCCCCCUCUGACACCCAUAGUCUCUGUAUUGGAGACUAUGUACUCCAAUCCAGGAUUGGCCAGGGAGCCUGUGCCAAGGUGUAUUUGGCCUGGCACGUGCUGUCCGGGAUGGAGGUGGUGGUGAAAGCCAUCAGUCUGAAGGGCUUCUCUCGAUAUGCUCGAGAGAUCUAUUGUCUUAAAAGCUUACAACACCCAAACAUAACAGCGUUGUUUGAGGUGGUUACCACCCCAGACAUGCUCUUCUUGGUGAUGGAGCACCUGAGGGAAGGGGACCUGCGGCAGCGGCUGGAGAACCACGGCCCGCUGAGCGAGCGCCAGGCCCGCGCCGCGUUCCGGCAGGUGGUGUCGGCGCUGCAGUACUGCCACCGGCGGGGCAUCGUCCACAGGGACCUGAAGCCGGACAACAUCCUGCUGGACGAGGACGGCACGGUCAAGCUGGCCGACUUCGGCUUCGGGCGGAGGGUGAGCGACGACUCCAAACUGAGCACCUUCUGCGGCACCUUCUACUACAUGGCCCCGGAGGUCCUGCGGCAGGAGCCGUACGAUGGCCGGAAAGCGGAUGUCUGGAGCCUGGGGGUGACCCUGUACAAGACCGUGACGGGGACGGUGCCGUUCCAGGGGGAGAGCUUGGCGAAAAUUAAGGCGCAGGUCCUGGCCGGGCAGUUCGAGGCCCCGCACCGCAUGUCCAGGCAGGGCGGCCAAUUCAUCAGGUGGCUCCUGACCGUCGACCCCAGCCAGAGGCCGACCCUGGAGGAGGUCAUGCGGCACCCCUGGCUCAACAGGGGCCAGGAGGAGCUGAGGCCCUACAGCCAGCCGCCCGGGGGGGACCUGGACCCCCAGGUCCUAGAACUGAUGCAGAGCCUCGGUUUCGAGCCAGACCAGAACCGACAAGGCAAGGGCCACAGUCAGCUCGAAGGUGCGGAGCUCCAGGAAGGCCGGGCGCGUGGUGCUGGAGACGAGCCAGAGGCUGGACCCAAGCAGCCGGGGAGAGCGGGGCCAGGACACCCGCUGCGUGUGCAGCAGCACCGUGGUCUUCGGAACCCUGUUGCCCAAAAUGCCUGCUGAGCUGGGAAGACUGCGUGGCGCCCCCUGGAGGUCAAGAGGAGGGGCCGCCCUCGCUGUGGGCCCACCCCCCAGCCCCCACCUGACUGUAGACCGGACUUUUUCCUGGGUCACUUUCCUCCCCUGCUCCUUGGCUCCCAUGUUUGUGGGGCUUCUUAUUAAAGCAUUUGGUUCUCCCCCCAC